CAGAUUUAUGGGCCAAGGAACUCCCUGUUUCAUUUUCACAACGCGCCGUUGCAAUUCUCCGUUCCAUGACAUAGCUUUCGAGUCUUUCUUAGUACUUUCUCUGUCUUAGUGACUUUGAAACAUUUUCAUGACGGACUGAGGAAGCAAGGUCGUAAAAUAGUCAAACGUGCCUUCCAUUUCCGCGACAGAGGCCAGGAUGACUUAAAACAGCAACUUUUUGAAAGAAGCAUCCCCUUACAGUUGCUAUGUAAAGAAAGAAGUCCAAUUAAGGUUCCAUCUGAAAAUGAAGACUUACCUGACAAAGAAAAUGCUCCAGAUUUUGAUGAGGACACUUUACGAGCCACAGCUGAUGUUUAUAGAAAUGAGGGUAAUGAGGCCUUCAAGAAAGGAGAUUUCAUCAAUGCUAUUCAUUUUUACACCAAAGGAAUUAAAAUGAACUGCAAUGAGAAAGAACUGAAGGCCAAACUGCACAACAACAGGGCUAUUGCACAUUUUAAACUUGGAAAUCACCAGGAUUCACUAAGGGAUGCAGAAGCAGCCAUUGAGUUAAAUCCAACUUUCCUUAAGGCAAUUGUGAGAGGAGCCACUGCUUGUGUUGAAUUGAAGAGAUUUGAAGAAGCAAUCACUUGGUGUGAUAAGGGACUAGCUAUUGACAAAAACAAUAGGAUCUUGUUGUCAUUAAGACUUCAGUCUGUCAGUGAAGUGGGAGAUAAGUCCAUGGAGGAAAAAGAUCCUAUUAGUCAUGACCACGGUAGUGCAAGUUCAGGUGAUGUCAAGAAAGUCAUAGAUCUCUAUAAUCAGGGAGAAGAAGCCAUAGAGUACCUCAACCUAUAUCUUAAAAAAGCUAAAGAAGUAGGAGACAA